GGGACGUGGGCUGCGGCGGGCCCGCGGCGUCGGGCGGUGCGGAUGUCGGGCUGGGCGGACGAGCGCGGCGGCGAGGGCGACGGGCGCAUCUACGUGGGGAACCUUCCGAGCGACGUGCGCGAGAAGGAUCUGGAGGACCUGUUCUACAAGUACGGCCGCAUCAGCGAGAUCGAGCUCAAGAAUCGGCACGGCCUCGUGCCCUUCGCCUUCGUGCGCUUCGAGGACCCCCGAGAUGCUGAGGAUGCAAUUUAUGGAAGGAACGGUUAUGAUUAUGGCCAGUGUCGGCUUCGUGUGGAGUUCCCCAGGACUUACGGAGGUCGGGGUGGGUGGCCCCGCGGUGGGAGGAGUGGGCCUCCUACAAGAAGAUCUGAUUUCCGAGUUCUUGUUUCAGGACUUCCUCCAUCAGGCAGCUGGCAGGACCUGAAAGAUCACAUGCGAGAAGCUGGGGACGUCUGUUACGCAGAUGUGCAGAAAGAUGGAAUGGGGAUGGUUGAGUAUCUCAGAAAAGAAGACAUGGAAUAUGCCCUGCGUAAACUGGAUGAAACCAAAUUCCGCUCUCAUGAGGGUGAAACAUCCUACAUCCGAGUUUAUCCAGAGAGAAGCACCAGCUAUGGCUAUUCACGGUCUCGGUCUGGGUCGAGGGGCCGUGACUCUCCAUACCAAAGCAGGGGUUCCCCACACUACUUCUCUCCUUUCAGACCCUACUGAGACAGGUGGUGGGAAUUUUUUCUUUAUUUUUUAGGUGAACUGAGCUGCUUUGUGCUCAGAAUCUACAUUCCAGAUUGAUGAUUUAGUGUCUUAGGAGAUUUUUUUAAUUUUUUUUUUUUUUUAAGGAAAUAAAGCUACAUAAUUUCUACCAGGGCCAUAUUAGCAGUGAAACAUUUUUAACUGCAGAAAUUGUGGUUUUGGUUCAGAAACGAGUUGUAUAUUUUUCACCCCGAUGAUGGGAAAAAAAUCAGUGCUGUAUCCUUGUGGGUUGCUCUUCUAUGGAGAUCAGCAGUUACUGUGACCGAGUCGGCCCAUUCUGUUUAGAAAUAUAUUUUAAACGUUUAA